AUGUCCCGGCAACUUUCGAUCCUUUGCUUCGGUAACUCGCUCACAGCUGGUUUCUAUUCGUACGGACUAGGGUAUAAUCCGUAUGCCAUCAAACUUAAGGAACACCUCGAACAUGAGUUUCUAGGCCUUGAUGUUCUUACCACUGUGGCUGGACAGCCUGGUGAUCUGGUGUGUCGCCCAGGAACAUUCCUUUCUCGCAUAGAAAUGAAGUGCGACAACAAUAAGUACGACUGGGUGAUAUUUCUGGGGGGUACAAAUGAUCUCGGCUACGGAUUCGACCCCGAAAAGAUUUACGCUGGCCUCCAAGAUUCUUGGGAUGUUGUCCUCCGGUCAGGUGCCAAGGUUCUGUCUUUGACUAUUCCCGAGUGCCAAGCCCGUGUCAGCAACCUGGAUCUGAGACGGUCGGCUCUCAACAAGCUCAUUCUUGAUCACAAGGCGGAACGAUACUAUGCGUUUGAUCUCUGCAGCAAGAUUCCAUACCACAGCGCGACAGAACAAUUUAUCGAGGAAAUCUUUGAUGAUGGGUUACAUCUCACAGCGAAAGGAUAUGAUUAUAUGGGACACGUUAUCGGCGAGCACUUGGCAGGCAUUCUGAAGGGGGAAGGCGAUGGCCAGGCACAGAAUGGAGAACUAUAA